AUGCCUACGAUAAUAGAGAGUAUACAUGCUAAAUUUUAUCAAAAUGGAUGGGAAAUUGAAAAGGAUCUGAAAAAAGCAUUCUAUUGGUAUCAAAAAUCUAUAAUAAAUGCAAAAUGUUAUCAAAAUGGAUGGGGAAUUAAAAUAGAUUUAGAAAAUGCAUUUCAUUGGUAUCAAGAAUCAUCAAUUCAAAAUAAUAGUAAUUCAUUAUAUAAUUUAGCUAAAUGUUAUCAAAAUGGAUUAGGAAUUAAAAUAGAUAAUAUUAAAUCUUUUGAAAUUUAUGAAAAAUUAGCAAAGCAAGGAUAUUGUGAUGCACAAAAUAAGUUGGGAUUUUUUUAUGAGAAUGGUGAAAUUACAAAAGAAUUUUUCCUUGUAAUGGAAUAUGCGAAAUGUGGUAAUCUACAAAAUUAUCUUAAACGUAAUUUUGACAAUUUAACUUGGAAUGAUAAGACAAGGUUGUCAUUUCAAAUCGCAGAUGGAUUGAAUUAUUUACAUAAUGAGGAUAUUUUACAUAGGGAUCUUCAUUCAAAAAAUAUAGUUAUUCAUGAGAAUAAUGCCAAAAUUACGGAUUUUGGUAUUUCAAAAAUUGAAAAUAAUUCAACGAUGCACAUUGGACUUUUUAGUAGAAUUGCUUAUAUGGAACCGCAGAUGCUUAUAAGUCAAAAUUUUAAAUACAUCAAACCUUCAGAUAUUUAUAGUUAUGGUGUAUUAAUGUGGGAAAUUUCUAGUGGGCACCCUCCAUUUAUAGAUUAUAAUGAUAAUUUGUUAAUUGCCAUUAUUAAUCAAACUCGUGAGAAAACUAUACCAAAAACUCCCGAAAAGUGUUAA